UUCGGACUCAAAUACUCACUCUGCCCCUCCCUCCAUAAAGCAAAAGCACCAUUGCAUUACACUCGCUUUCUCUCUCAUACGAUCGUAUGUAAACUUCCCAAAAUACCCUCACUCACCGUUCAAAUUUCCCACCCGCAACCCAAAUCCGUAAAUGCCUUAUGGAUUACGAACACUCGUUCCAGACGCUUCCAGUAUCGAACACGCUCUCUUCCUCGGUGCUCUCAUUCCUCAACGACAAGUUUCGCGCCAGGGCCGACCUCGCCGGAGCUCCGGCUCUCGUCUCGGAGCUCCGCACCCGGUGCUCCGACUUGGAUCGGACCCUAACCGACCUCAACCGGAGCCUCGGAGCUAGCCUCGUCGCCUACGCUUCCUUCUCCGAUCGAUUCGACGCCGUUUUCGACGAUCUCAGCGCCAAAUUGAUCCGACUCCGAUCCUCUACUUGCUCUCCUACCUCUUCCUUUUCAGAUGGAGGAGGAGAGGGAAAUGGGAAGGCGGAGAAGAUAUUGGGGGAGGAGCUGCCAGCAUUGGCGAAGGAGGUGGCAAGGGUGGAGACGGUUCGAAUCUACGCAGAGACGGCACUAAAGCUUGACACUUUGGUUGGUGAUAUUGAAGACGCUGUAUCUUCUGUUAUGAACAAAAACCUAAAGAAGCAUUCUUCCACACAGAAUUCAGAUGAAAUGCGUCUGCUUGCUAUCAACACCCUUAAAAUGACAGAAGAAGUUUUAACAUCAGUUACAAAGACACGCCCUAAAUGGGCACGUCUUGUGUCAGCAGUAGAUCACAGAGUAGAUCGAGCUCUAGCCGUUUUACGACCACAGGCAAUUGCAGAUCAUCGGGCCCUUCUUGCAUCCCUUGGAUGGCCUCCUCCCCUUUCUACCUUGACUUCCUCAAACCCAGAUAGAAAAUCAGCUGAAGUCCCAAAUCCACUUUUCACAAUGCAAGGGGACCUCAAACACCAGUACUGUGAAAACUUUCUCGCCUUGUGCAGACUGCAGGAGUUGCAGAGUCAAAGGAAAUCCCGGCAACUAGAGGGCUUUAACCGGAAAGUUGCUUUGCGCCAGCCUCUCUGGGCUAUUGAAGAGCUUGUAAAUCCCAUAUCACUGGCAUCCCAACUCCAUUUCUCAAAGUGGGUUGAUAAGCCAGAAUUCAUUUUUGCUCUUGUAUAUAAGAUCACUAAGGACUAUGUUGACUCUAUGGAUGAGUUAUUGCAACCACUGGUUGAUGAAGCAAUGCUAGUAGGGUACAGUUGCAGAGAAGAAUGGAUUUCAGCAAUGGUAUCCUCCUUAUCAACAUACUUGGCAAAAGAGAUAUUCCCUGUUUAUGUUGGUCAACUGGAUGAAGAGAGUGCCACUGGUAUUCGGUCACAGGCAAGGAUUUCAUGGCUCCAUCUUGUUGACUUGAUGAUAUCUUUUGAUAAACGAGUUAGGUCUCUGGUAGAACAUUCUGGAAUCUUGCUUUCCUUUCAGGAAGAUGGGAAUCUGCAGAAGAUUUCAUCUCUCUCUGUCUUUUGUGACCGACCUGACUGGCUAGAUUUAUGGGCAGAAAUAGAACUUAGUGAAGCACUAGAUAAGUUGAAGCCUGAGAUGGAUGAUGAGAGAAAUUGGAGAAUGAAAGUUCAGGGGGCAGUUCUUUCAUCUGUUCCUGAGGAUUUCAAGUCUCCAGCCGUUUCCAGUGCUUUUCUUCGGCAUCUAUCAUCUAUGAUUGAUCGUUGUCGAUCAUUGCCUAGCAUAUCGUUGAGAUCAAGGUUUCUCAGAUUAGGUGGUGCACCUAUUACCCGAAAAUUUUUGGAUUGCAUACUUCAGAGGUGCCAAGAAGCUGAAGGACUGACUGCGUUAACAGAUGAUGAUGCCAUUAUUAAAGUUGCAAAUUCCAUUAAUGCUGCUCAUUACUUUGAAUCUGUGAUAAAGGAAUGGUGUGAGGAUGUCUUCUUUCUGGAAAUGGAAUUGAAUCAAGGUGACCAACUGGGAUUAUCUGUUAGUGAGUAUGGCAGUCGUGAAGAGCCAAUUAAAGGAUCUGAAGGAGGUAUUUUUGAUGAGGAGAUUGGAAAGUUGGGGGAGUUUAGAGCUCAGUGGGUUGAGAAGAUAUCUGUUGUUAUCUUGAGGGGAUUUGAUGCUCAAUCUCGAGAUUAUAUGAAGAACAGAAGGCAGUGGCAGGAAAAGGGCGAAGAAGGUUGGACAGUUUCCAAGUCUUUAGUUGUAGCUUUAGAUUAUUUGCAAGGAAAAGUUUUGGUAGUUGAAGAAAGUUUGAACAGGAUAGACUUUGUUAGGGUCUGGAGAAGUUUGGCAGCUGGGGUAGAUAGGUUGGUUUUUCAGAAUAUUCUUAUGAGCAAUGUGAAGUUUUAUGAUGGUGGUGUUGAGAGGUUUGACAGUGAUUUGCAGGUUUUAUUUGGGGUGUUCGGGGCUUGGUGUUUGAGGCCAGAAGGAUUCUUUCCAAAAGCAAGUGAGGGCUUGAAGUUGUUGAAAAUGGGUGAGAAGCAGCUUCAAGAUAGUCUGGCAGGAGGUGAGAAAUGGAUGAAGGAUAAUGGGAUUAGGCAUUUGAGUGUAACUGAGACGGAAAAGAUAGUAAGGAGUAGAGUAUUCAAAAGUUAAAGGCUUUAGAAGCAAACUUUUCCCAUUUGUGUAUCGUUGUCCCAAGAAGACACUGCAACUUAAAGGAACAACCAGGAGGUUAGCUCAGGUUUAUUGAAGCAGUGGUUACCAUUUUGUGUACAUGGCUCUGGACUUCCUGAACUGAUCAAUUCAUUUUAACAGUACCAGUAAUUUCCAGUUUCCCUCAACCCACUUCUUACAACGGUCAACCACUGCUUACACCCUAGAACAUCUCCUGUUCUUAAAUUUCAGCCAGGUAUGAUGUAUCUACUGCCUAUGUGGCAGGUGUGCUUAAUAAAUUGUAAAUGUGGUUCAAGGAAAACCACUCCAUUCGUUAUUAAAUUAUAAUUACUAUUUGUUUUAGCAAUUGAAAUGGAUAUACAAUUUACAUCU